AUGCAGGAAACUUUUAGAGACGGAAACUCAACACACUAUGGGAGCUUCACCUGCUACAGAGACCCGCACCUGAGCCAGCGGUGUCACCCGAUGCCGCUAGCCGACCAUCAGCCCAGUCCAAACAACAUGAUCUUCAUCUUCUUCACCCGACCUCCGGGACCAGUGUCCCGGGGCUCCUGUAACCCCCAGCUUGGCGACCAUGUGGGUCGCGCAGCACAGCUGUCAGCCUCGUCUACCUGCGGUCUGGACGGACCAGAAAACUACUGCAUCCUCGGGUACCUGGAGGUCAGAGGAGAAGAGAAAUGUUUCACAUGUGACUCUCAGCUGCCGUACAAUCUCCAUAGCAACCCUAACAGCCACCGCAUCGAGAACGUCAUUACGACCUUUGACCCUGAAAGGAAAAUGAAAUGGUGGCAGUCUGAGAAUGGAGUUCAUGAGGUCAGCAUUCAGCUGGAUCUGGAGACCGUGUUCCAGUUCAGUCACCUGGUCCUCACCUUCAAGAGUUUCCGUCCGGCGGCCAUGUUGGUGGAGCGAUCGAAGGAUUUUGGACGAAGCUGGAAAGUUUUUCGUUAUUUUGCAGAAGACUGUUUGCUUCAUUUCCCUUCAGUGUCAGAUCAGCCGGCCAAAAGCGUUGACGACGUGGUCUGUGACAGCAGGUACUCUGGUUCAGAUCCAUCCACUGAUGGAGAGGUUGUGCUGAAAGCUCUUGAUCCUGUGUUUGAAAUAGAAAACCUGAACGCACCACACAUCCAAGAUCUGAUCACCUUGACAAAUAUCCGUGUGAACUUCACUCGUCUGUUCAUGUUGGGCGACACGGUGCUGGGGCGAAGACGCAGGAACCCUCAGGACAAAUAUUACUACGCUCUUUACAACAUGGUGGUCCGAGGAAGCUGCUUCUGUCACGGACACGCCAGCCAAUGUACGCCUGUGGACGGAGGACAAGGGAGUGUCUUUACCAUGACUGCCAUGGUUCAAGGUCGAUGUGGUUGUCAGCACAACACAGCCGGAGAUAACUGUGAGAAAUGUCAGGACUUUCACCACGACUCCCCCUGGAGGCCUGGAGGAGAAAACAACGCCAACAUCUGCAGGAGGUGUAACUGUCACGGUCACUCAGACUCGUGUCACUUUGACUCGGCUCGUUUCCAAGCAACGGGCAGCAUCAGCGGCGGUAUCUGUGACGACUGUCGUCAUGACAGGACAGGGCCUCAGUGUGACCAAUGCCGACCCUUCCUGUAUCGAGAUCCACAGAGAGCGGCCGACGACCCACACGGCUGCAUACCGUGUGACUGCGACCCGGCAGGUUCUCAGGACGGCGGUCUCUGUGACGCCCUGAGUGGCCAUUGCGUCUGUAAAGAAAACGUGGAGGGUCAACGUUGUGAUCGCUGUAAACACGGCUUCUUCAAUCUGACACAGGACAAUCCCACCGGCUGUCAGGUGUGCAGGUGUCAUUUUUUGGGAAGUGUUGGGUCUUGUGAUCAGCUGACAGGAAGUUGUGAAUGUGACCAUUUGGCAAUGGGACCGCUGUGUGAUCGAUGUCUGGUAGUUUUCAUUUUAACAAAUCAAUCAAUCCGUUAUGACUCUGUUGUGACUCCGUUGAGGUUUCUGGGUUUGGGAAACUCUGUGUUAGGUGUUGCGCCGUGCGACUGCGAUUGUUCUCCAGAGGACGGACAGUGUCAGUGUUUACCCAACAUGGGGGUCGGGUCGGCGCUGCUCCGCCCCUGCCCCCGGCUACUUCCUGCCUCUUUGGACUACUUCCUGUAUGAGGGGAGCUCGCUGCCCCGCUGCACGGAGGAAGCUCUCCUCCAUCUACUCUACUCCUCCUUCUUCUCUUCUCCUCUG